CUCUCUUCUCCUCUCCCCGUGGCCGGCCGGGCGCGCGCUGCUCGCUGCAGGGCUCGGCUGCCGCUUCGCGCGCGCCUGUGAGACCGCCGCCGCCGCCGCCCUCCGCUCCUCCGCCCGACUGCGCCAGGCGAAGACGAUGGCCGGCUGGCAGAGCUACGUGGACAACCUGAUGUGCGAUGGCUGCUGCCAGGAGGCCGCCAUUGUCGGCUACUGCGACGCCAAGUACGUCUGGGCCGCGACGGCCGGGGGCAUCUUCCAGAGCAUCACGCCGAUAGAAAUAGAUAUGAUUGUAGGAAAAGACCGAGAGGGUUUCUUCACCAACGGUCUGACUCUUGGUGCAAAGAAGUGCUCUGUGAUCAGAGAUAGCCUGUAUGUUGAUAGUGAAUGCACAAUGGACAUCAGGACAAAGAGUCAUGGUGGCGAGCCAACAUACAAUGUUGCUGUAGGCAGAGCUGGUCGAGUCUUGGUCUUUGUAAUGGGCAAAGAAGGGGUCCAUGGAGGCGGAUUGAAUAAGAAGGCAUACUCAAUGGCAAAAUACUUGAGAGACUCUGGGUUCUAGUUGCUAGGCAGACUGUUAAGUAUUAGGGGAAAAAUUGCUAUUAAACUUUCCUGGCAGUGAGCUUUAAACCUUACAUUCUGGAAACUUUAUUAGCAAUGCAGGAUGAUGGGGUAUGAACCUGUGUCUCCUUUGUAUCCCUUUGUUGGUGGGGAAAGGUGUUUUUUUCUUUAAUUCUGUUCAUUUCUGUUUUGUUUCAUUGUGUACUCCAGCAUUGGUUAUAGUUAUGGGAAAGGAAGGUGUCCAUGGAGGGACACUGAACAAGAAAGCAUAUGAACUGGCUUUAUACCUGAGGAGGUCUGACAUCUAAGCAGCCUCUCCCCAUCCACCUAGCAACUGUCUUCAUCACCAACCAGUUAUGUUCACUGUGCUACCAGACUGUAGAUGGUAGUUGUUUUAUGUUUUUUGUUUUUUUAUUUAUCCAUUUUUUUCUAAUAUCAUGAUUCCAGUUACCCUCGUGUUCAUUUGUAUGUUAACCACUGUAUGUAACCAAGUCCCGUUAUCUGGCACCAUUUUUGCAGCAUAAAAAUGAUAUGCAUGAUACCUUGAAAAAUGUUUUAGGAGGGGGAGAAUGCCAAGUCUAGGCUUUGCUUUGUCUUAGCAGUUAAUACUAUAUUGACAACUAAAACAAUUUAAACACUAAACAAGGUGCCGAUUGUACAAUCUAAUUUGAUCAAUGUCUCUUCAGCACUUUGAGCAAUUACACAGCUCAUUUAGUCUUCCUUUUGUAGAGCAUGGUUGGGGGGGGAAGUGCAUGCAUAUCUUUACUUCUCUCCCUGUCUACUCUUUCAUCCACAUUUUGUUUGCUUCCACCUAUUUUUAUACAGUGCCUGGUUUGUUUAACCAAUUUGCGCUCAAAAGCUAUUGUGUUUCAUUAGUUUUGUUGUUGCACUUCACUGCAAACGUACAAAACUCUUCAUAGUGUCUGAAGCACACACUGCUUAAUGGGUGCAACUGCAAAACUAUCAAAAGAUGUAGAUGCAUUUUCUUCAUGAUCUUACAACCACUGUCCUGAAUGAAUACCUAGGGACAUUCCAUCAUUGCAAUAGCUCAGGCACUUUUUUUUUUUUUGCCAGCUCCAGUUCUGUAGUUGAAUUAUAAAAAGCUGCCAUUAUGGACAUUAGAUAUCCCAACAUAACCAUCUGGAGUGUGUCCGAUUUCAGUUUUCCAUAGGACCAAUUAUUAAUUUGCAGCUUGGGGUUUUAUAUGAAACUACAGGGUCAUUGUGGAAAACUGCCACCUUCAGCUAUAUACUGGUAGCCUAUACUCCAGUCUUUCUGGCAGAUCUAGCUGAUAAUGUAAAGAAACAUGCUGCUUUAAUACCAAUGUUUGUGUGAGGGAUGGUAGUCCAUAAGUUUAAAAUUGUUAAAAUGAUACCGUUUCAAAUUUGAAAUAGUCAUUUGGCCUGCCGCACCCUUGCUGCAGAGAUUGUGGAGUAAACUGCCUCGUGCACUAGUCAUCUAAAAUGUGUAACCAAAUUGUCCAUUCAAGCACGGUACAAACUUGUAUGUCCAUUUAAAGAGAACUGCAGAACUCUGUAUACAAAAGAAUAAAUGGGAGAUGGUAUUGGUUGGAAUAACUGACUUGGCUGUCUUGUGAUGAAUUUUUUAAUAUGUAUUCUGUGCCAUACUAUUGUUUUAAAAAAAAAUGAACUGUUGCUAUUGUGAGAUGGAUUUUAACUGACUAUAAGGAUUUCGUUUGAAUGGCACUACUUUAGGGACAUUCUAGUAUUUGCUUCUAUUAUUUGGGCCUUGUGGAUAAUGUACAGAUUUAAACAAAUUCUUGUUGCUGAUUUGUCCAUUUCUUUCCCUGCACUUUUACAUCUGGGAUACAGUCUAACUCAUCUGAUUUAAUAUGCAUUUCAAAAAAUGCCAUAACUAUUAAACACCUUGUUUACAGACGAAAUAAAUUUAUUCCAACCAAAUAAAA